GGAAGUGGAGAGUGAUGAUGGAGGAGGAGAUGGAAGUCUGUCUUACCAUAAAAAGCCUAACUCCACCUCUUCUACCCCUCCUAUGCGACCAUCUCUUUCUCUUUCCCUCUUGUGUUCUUGGCAAGAGGAUGAAUUAGGACGGCUGCUCAGAUUCUCGAUCCGGUUUCCGAUUAUCUAUGCUGUUCCACGCCCCCAAGAACGGCAUCCGAUUUCGUGCGCUUUAUUCGGAAACCUGGCGCCGUUUUUUUGCUAAAAAAGGGAAAUAGAUAGAUAGAUUUGGUGUAGGAUUCUGAGGCGGCGCGGUCGGGUACUGUAUAUAGGGCGAGCGAUCAUGGUGCGGGAGAAGAUACAGAUACGGAAGAUCGACAACACGGCGGCGCGGCAGGUGACGUUCUCCAAGCGGCGGCGGGGAUUGUUCAAGAAGGCGUCGGAGCUGUCGGUGCUUUGCGACGCCGACGUGGCGCUCAUCGUCUUCUCCUCCACCGGCAAACUCUUCGAGUUCUGCAGCUCCAGCAUGAAGCAAAUCCUUGAGAAGCAUAGCUCACACACGAAGAACCUUGAGAAGCAAGAUCAAGUCUCCCUCGACUUAAAUUUGGACAACUACAAGUAUGUGAGUCUGAAAAAACAAAUUACAGAAGCAAGCCUCCAACUAAGGCAGAUGAGAGGGGAGGCACUUGAAAGUCUAACCGUAGAGGAGCUACAGCAGUUGGAGAAAAAACUUGAAGCUGGAUUAAAUCGCGUGUUAGACAAAAAGGAUGCACACUUCACGGAGCAAAUUAACACUCUUCAGGAGAAGACACUGAGAUUGGCAAAGGAGAACUUGAAGCUUAGACAAAAUGUUUCAGAGAUUCUUGGCAUGGGGAAGGAGCAAGUGGUGGAAGAUAGAGAGAAUGUGGCUAAUGAAGAUGGACAGACCUCUGAAUCGGUGACUAAUGCAUCUUCGCACUCUGGAGGAGGUCCGCCGGAGUGCGAUGAUAGUUCAGACACAUCGCUCAAACUCGGGCUGCCUUACAGCUAGUCGGAAGAAAGCUUAUGAGCAGCUGUGGAUGGAAGAGCAGGGUCAUCUUAUUUUGGAUAGUAAACAAAUGCAGUAAGGAGCAUACUGUCACUGUAAAAUAAUGCAGACGUGUUAGAGGUGAAGUAACUCAUGCACAUGUUCGUUGAACUUUUGAACUCAUGAGCCAUGAUCAUGCCGGUCUUCAUGAUGUGUGUGAUUGACAGAUUUGGUCUUGGAGGAUGAACUAUGAAUGUAUUCGUAUUAUGGGUGUGUUAA